AUGUUGUUCCGUAACGUUUUUAUCAGACCUUUUGACGGUUCUCAUGUAGGUACAGAAUUACUUGGUGUACGCUUAUUCUCAUUCCACAACGAGUUCUUAGCGAAAGAUCUCCUUGGUGUGUACGAGCUCUCCACGAUGUCGACAAUACCUGUCGAGGUAGCCGAAGAGGCACUCGAAAAGAAGGUCGAAGCGAUGAAGAUCGUCGAUGGGAACAAUAUGGAGGUCAAGAAGGAAACCACCGACGGCAAGAACGAACGUCGCGAGCGUAAGUUCGCCCGCAUGACGGAUGAGGAACGCCGCCGUGUUUGGGAGGAGGAACAAAAGACAAAGAAGGUUGUAGAGACUGGGCUUAAAGGCCAUGUGAAGUGGUAUUCCGUUCUUGGCCAUUAUGGCUUUAUCUCACGUUCGGAUGGUAAACCAGAUAUUUUUGUGCAUCAGAGCGCUAUUGCAAAAUCACAAACGGAGAAGUUCUAUCUGCGCACUUUGGCUGACGAAGAAGAAGUUGAGUUUGAUAUCGUAGAAGGACGCAAAGGUCCUGAAGCUUCGAAUGUCACUGGACCAAAUGGUACAAAUGUCAAAGGAUCCAAAUAUCAGAGAGUUCUCCUGUAUCGUUUCCGUCCUAACAGACGUCGUGUCCAGCAUGAUGAAGACGGUGAGAAGAAGGCUGACGGCGAGAAUCAGACCAACGGACAAGGCGAAGAGAAGAAGACUGCUCGAGGACGAAGGAACGGCCGCCGUUUCCGCGGACGUCGUAUGCGACAGCAAGCUGCAGCCGAGCAGAAAGUUGAGAACCACACAGCUGCCGAAGGCGAAGAGCACGCAAAAUUAGAGGAGACUGGCACCAACCUUGGAAAGCCAGGUUUCCGCCGUCGCGGCAAUUACUACAACCGUCGUUUCCGCAGUCAGAACAAGAAUUUGCCUAAACAGGAGGGAAACAACGAGGAUGUGAACACUAAUUCCUCCAACGGAACCGGCGCACAAUCCGAGGCAAUAGCUCCUGCACACGACGAAGAUCCCAAGGCCGGAGUGCGUCGUCGCACUGAGUCGAACACGAGCGCAAAAGACGCACAGCUAACAUGCGAUGCAAACAAUCUGGGUGGAGAGCAUCCCGGUCCAUCCCUUUCACUCGCUGUACUGACAGGGUGCAUAACUGGCAACGACGCUUUUGCGCAACACUUCCCCAACGUUGCCAGUAUAUUAUGUUGCUGCCAAUUCGUCUUACAUAAUCCGUCUCAAACAACCUCAAGAUGUCAAUCCUACAGAAGAUCCAAGAUAUUGAAGAUGAAAUGGCUCGUACCCAAAAGAACAAAGCCACCAAUGCUCACUUGGGUAUGUUAA